UACCGUUGCAAUGGCGUUUGCUGCGACAGCACUUUGCGGCAGCAAGGAAACCGAGGAGAAAGCGGCAGCGGCGGUCGUCGUGAGCGGAAAUAUUUUCGCUUCUAAACUUCUCGGAUUUGUACAAUAUUCGGUGCGGUGGCUUGUGUGUUGUUGGUUUAACCUUUCACCGUGUGGAUGAGAUUGUGUUCGACUUAUCUCAAGCGUGAAUUUCCACCUUAAUGCGGGGGGAUGGCCACAGUGCCGCCUGGGCCUAGUAGCGUAUCCCCGGUUGAAAUUUCUCCUUCCCCCCGAGCAGGAGGCAGGGAGGCCGCGGGGGGACACGGGGCGCCGGCCUGUCACGGGGAGGACUACGCGCCCGCGGCCACGGGGAAAAAGUUGUUGAGGGCAACUGAAGUGAAACGGUCAGUGAAGAAGAAGCAAAAAAACAUGCUAGCCAGAGCUAGCCCGGCGGCGCUGCACCUUAAAAUACAAGCCCGGGAGCAGCAGCAGCUAAACGGCUUAGCCAGUCCGUCUGGGGACGGUGACAGCCACCAACACCCACGAAACCGGCCUGACAAUCCGAGACCAUCCGUGGACAACUGUGACAGCGGCAGCGAGGAGGCUCCGGUCGUCAGAAACAAUAGCGAGCAUUACCAACACGAAGGCCCCUUCUCCAAAAACGGCACUCACUCUCCACUGAUUAACAACAGCGUCAACGGGCUGCUGGAUUUCACAAGAACUGAGGUGUCCGAGAGCCAGCACGGGGACGAAGGCAAGGAGGACUUCGACCACGCGGAGGCCCCGAGAUCGCCGUGCGAUGAGCUACCGGACGCGGCCGUGCCCGGCGGAGACGAGAACACCGCUGUUCCGCCGGAGCGGCAGCCGCCUGCGGCUGAGCUGGCGCGGCUGAACCUGAGCGGCGGGGCGGCGGAGGAGAGUCACGGUAUCCGGUACGUCCGCUACGAGUCCGAGCUCCAGAUGCCGUGGAUCAUGAGACUGAUCACCAAGGACUUGUCUGAGCCUUAUUCGAUUUACACGUACAGGUACUUCAUCCACAACUGGCCCCAGCUCUGCUUUCUGGCCAUGGUGGAGCAGGAGUGCGUCGGCGCCAUUGUAUGUAAGCUUGACAUGCACAAGAAGAUGUUCCGCCGUGGCUACAUCGCUAUGCUGGCUGUGGACUCUAAACACAGAAGGAAAAGCAUCGGUACGAACCUGGUAAAGAAGGCUAUCUAUGCCAUGGUGGAUGGGGACUGUGACGAGGUUGUUUUGGAGACGGAGAUUACCAACAAGUCAGCGCUGAAGCUAUAUGAGAACUUGGGUUUUGUCAGAGACAAGAGGCUCUUCAGAUACUACCUUAACGGUGUUGACGCGCUGCGGCUCAAACUGUGGCUCCGCUAGAGGAAAGAAGAGGGGACGGAGGAGGACAGGACAGUGGGUGCUGCUCACCUCAGAACACUAUUGGCUUCACAGUCUUGGCUCAGACGGACACGUACUCACACGCGCGUGCACACACCUCUGCGUACUAACAUGCAGAGUAUGCACAUACGUAUGCACAGACAUGCAAACACACCAUUUUUGUCCUUGACCUCUCUGGACAACUGUGGAAGCACCUCAGGAUGUUCUCAUGAAUGGGCUCCUGGUGCUUUUUGAGGUGAGGAGUGAGGGGUGGGGGAGGGCAAGCAAGGGCGGUCUCUGGGAUGACCUUGUCUGGGAAUCGAUGGCCUUUUUGACCUUCAAGUUCAGAUCGAGUGCAUUGACCAGGAAGUGAGAUGCGAAGUCACUCCAUCAAGGAUGCGCUUCCAAAAAAGCAGAGGACGCGGCACCACACCAAAUCAUCCUGCCGAACACAGGAAUUCAAGUAAACGAACGCCAAGUAAAUCAAGGAAGCUGUGCGGUUUGGGUGAGAGGAAAAAAAAGAGGAAAAAAGACUGAGAAGAAAAUAUUUGUGAAGUUUAUUUUUGUUUCUUUUUUAAAACCUUGUAAGUUGGACGGGGGACAGAAAAGCUAUAGUAUGACUGUGUGUUUGUAUCGCCUCAUGUGUUGUUUUGGAAUGCGUGCGUUUGGGUUAUUUUUGUGGCGUGAUUGAUUCUGCUGCGAGCAAGCGGCUGUUUGGCUGUACGUGCUCCAUUGGAAAUGGAUUUGCGUGCGCCGAUUUUGUUUCCCGUCCUGUCGUUUUGAGGGGGAAGCAGCAGGUCCUUGCUGCUCUGUCUCCAUCAUCUGCCUCAGCCUGCAGGACUGAAGCCUGUAAAGAUAUGCAUGCUUUUAAUUCUGCGCGAGUGAGGGAAUCGGCGCUACGAGUGCGCGCUGUUUAACUCUCCAAACCUCUCCCUCGGAACAAAUCACUCCAUUGGCACCUCAAAUUUUGCGCAGGUGGUUGAUCUGUGUCCAAUUUUUGCUUCAGCGUCCUUCAUAUCUGCAGCUUUCAUGGUUGGUCAGUUUGGUGUAGUUUUCCCGAGUAGCGAUUUAGGAAAACUCAUGUAAAUAACUCAGAACUUGGCAUACUAGUCAGCGUAGUCAGGUUGUGAAAUUUCUGUUAAACUCAUACCAGUUUUGUUAAAAAUUUCUGUGAAUUUGGCCAAACUCCUAACUAACUGGGUGCCAAGCUGGAGUACUCAAGUUGAUCCAGAUUAUGACUUUGGAGAAACUCCAGCACGUCUUUGAAGCAAGGUUGUCUGGAGUUCAGCAGAGUUGCGCUGAUUUUGCAUCGAAUUAUUCCGAGUUGAGUGCGAGUUAAGCUGUCCCAGGAGUUCGACAGAAUUCCGAAAAAUUAAGAAAAUAUUCACAACUGUUAAGUUAAACCAGUCUUUCCUGACUUAUGGUGAGGAACGCUGAGUAAUUUUCCCAGUUUCCUCCGAGUUAUAUAUACGAGCUGUGAUGAGCCAUCAUAUGGAAAACUGCGAGUUAUACCUGCGCAAAUCGGCACCAAGCUUGACCUCAAAUUGCACAGGAGCAUCUUUGUGCAGAUCAGAGCUUCUCUUCUCCAGGUGCACUGCCAACUGCUGCAGAAUUCCCAGAAGCAGAAAACUUAAGUCUUCUCCGAAGACGGUGCGAUCACGCGCCACUGUUGUCUUGCUUCUUUACAAUUUUUCGCCCGAUUUUCUCCAUUACAAGUGCCACUCCGUCCGUCGAUGCUCUCAUCCUCGCCCGGUCGUCCUCGGCAACCACACCGGAGCUGAAGUGUUACAAAUGCUGGAUUCCUGUUUGAGUAUGCUGUGCGUUUCUCUUGAUAAAAGGCGAGUAAUGUUCUUAACAGAUUAUAUUUUGUUUUGUUUUUUUGUUUGUUUUUCAGUUUUAUACGCCUGUCAAACCUUACGAGAGUGCAGUAGCAGCUGACUCGCGCGUGAUCUAACAUCUCAAAGUUUUAAAGGUCUCCCAAAUCAGUGGAUUCACCCAGACGUUUCCGAUCUACGCUAAUCGCAGCAAAGGCAGUUUUGCUUCGAUGCUUUUGUUGUUAGCAAGCAAACUGAACAAAGGUCACAUGCACUUCAGCAGAAAUUGUAUGCAUGCUUGAAUUUGCUUUGUGUUUCAUGUUUUUUUCUUUUUCUUUUUCUUUUUUUCUUUUUUGCAACAACGUGGGUCUGCUCUGACUUAUUUCUCUGCUUUCAGAGGCCGCAAACAGGAAACACUUAACUUAAUGGUGCUGCAUUUUGUUGCAGUCCAACGGCGGUAGGAUCUGUUAGUUAUAGGAAGGAACAAAACCACACAGGUUUUUGAAUAAAGCUUUCCAUUUUUUGAUUGGGACAGAUUGGCUGAAAGGGAAGGGGAGAAUAAACCCAAUUUACCCCCCCCCCC